AUGCCCACGUGCCAGCUCUCUGAUUACACCCAGGAGGAGAAGCCCGAGUGGGAUGGGCGAGAUGGGCGCUUUGUAAGGGCAGGUCUGGAGCUGUCUCGCUGUGUAGGCACUGGCUCCCUGGGCCCUCCUGUUCCUUGGAGGUCAGGGGGGCCCUGUAAGAUGAAGAGGAUCCGCACCGUCUUCAAGCCGGAGCAGUUGGAGAGGCUGGAGCAGGAGUUUCUCAAGCAGCAGUACAUGGUGGGCACAGAACGCGUGGACCUGGCAGCCACCCUGCACCUCACAGAGACUCAGGUGAAAGUCUGGUUCCAGAACCGGAGGAUCAAAUGGAGGAAGCAAAGCCUGGAGCAGAAGAAAGCGAAGCUGUCCCAGUUCGGAGCACCGCCGCCUGUCUCUGCUGACUUGACAGACACCAAGGACACCGAGGAGGAUGCGGUGGACAUUGAGCUUUAA